AUGUCGCUAAAUGCACACGACGAACAGGCGAUGUCCGCUGUCACGCGCACGAGGAGUAAGCCUCAAGUGACCAAGCAACCCAAGUAUACCAUUGCAGAGUGGGAUGCAAAAAAAGAGAUCAUCAUUUCUCUUUAUAUUCUUGGAAACUGGCCGUUGAGAAACUAUCUCAUGGGCCUCUUCGAUCAGAGCCGUCCAGGAGAGACUUCAUCUGGAUGGGAAGUGAACUCAUCUGGUUUGACGCCCCCACAGGGUCAUGAGGACAACUCGACAGAAUGGAAAGCGAUUGCCGAUCAAUGCCAUGGCGCUUCAACUUUGAUCAGUCAGGGAAAUGGCACACAGAAGAAGUGCCAAACAACUCUUCUGAACAUUUUCAAAAGCAUCGACCAGCUUGCACAACAGGAGGAUCCCUGGAUGUUGAUCUACCUAUGGAGGAUUAUACUAUACUUGCGAGGAAUUUCAUACCGUAUCGAGAAUAAGAAAGUGGGCAUUCCAUCCACACGUCUAAGACCUCAAAACGAUCAUCUGGUCCGCCAUGUAAUUUCCAGCUUAGCAGGACUCUUCAUCAUUCGCAAAGGAUCCAGUAUGAUGGUAGACUGUCUCAACUCGUUACGCGUCUUCUCGCUCGAUAGAAUGCAGCUAGCUAAUGAACGGGUCUUUAAGUUCUGCACGGACUCAUUUCCAAAGCUACCCGGCGGAUCGCAUCCAGUGGUUCUCAUCAUGGUCGCUCGAUUUUUGAGAUACUGGCCCGCAGCGCUUGCUGAUAAUGUAUUGCCGAAUUACGGGACCCUCGUGGCCCGCUCCGGAACUGAGUUUGGGUCUUCUGAUGAGCGUACAAUUUUCUUUCUGACUGAGUACAUCUGGCUUCUGACCUUUGUCAGAGAUCUGAGGAACUGGGGCCUGUUCCACAACGGGGGCUUAGGGGGGGGGGGGACAUAUGGUUUCGUGCUUGCCUCCAAGCUACUGGCGAGGAUUGACAAGGAGAAGGGAAACAUUGACCUCUAG